UAUGAAAACCGAAUAUACAGCCUUAAAAUAGAAUGUGGGCCUAAAUACCCAGAAGCACCCCCAUCUGUAAGAUUUGUAACAAAAGUCAAUAUGAGCGGCGUGAGUAGUUCAAAUGGCGUGGUGGACCCAAGGGCCACAGCAGUGCUGGCAAAGUGGCAGAAUUCCCACAGCAUCAAAGUCAUCCUGCAGGAGCUUCGACGCUUGAUGAUGUCAAAAGAGAACAUGAAGCUGCCA